AUGAACGGCGAGGAGCCCUACUACGCGGCCCCGUCGCUCUACAAGGACCCGUGCGCCUUCCAGCGCGGCCCGGUGCCCGAGUGCCGCGCCAGCCCGCCCGCCUGCCUGUACAUGGGCCGCCAACCCCCGCCGCCGCCCUUCGCCGGCGCCCUGGGCGCGCUGGAGCAGGGCAGUCCCCCGGACAUCUCCCCGUUCGAGGUGCCCCCGCUGGCCGACUCGCCGGCCACUGCGCUGCUGCACCACCUCCCCGCGCCGAUGGCGCUCGCCCCGCCGCCCGCCGUGCCCUUCGAAGAGGAGCCGGGCCGCAGCCAGCUGCCCUUCCCGUGGAUGAAGACCACCAAGGCGCACGCGUGGAAAGGCCAGUGGGCAGGCGGCGCCUACGCGGCGGAGCCGGAGGAGAACAAGCGGACACGGACGGCCUACACGCGCGCGCAGCUGCUGGAGCUGGAGAAGGAGUUCCUAUUCAACAAGUACAUCUCGCGGCCGCGCCGGGUGGAGCUGGCUGUCAUGCUGAACUUGACCGAGAGACACAUCAAAAUCUGGUUCCAGAACCGCCGCAUGAAGUGGAAAAAGGAGGAGGACAAGAAGCGCGGCGGGCCGGCGGCGGGGACCGGCGGCGGGGGCGCAGAGCCCGAGCAGGACUGCGCGGUGACCUCGGGCGAGGAGCUACUGGCGCUGCCUCCACCGCCGCCCCCCGGGGCUGCGGCGCCACUCGCGGUCCCCGCCGGCUCCCCGGAGGGCCGCCUGCCGCCUGGCCUCAGCGCAUCGCCCCAGCCCUCCAGCGUGGCGCGGCGGCCGCAGGAGGCCCGGUGA